AUGUUGGCAGCGAUAGAAUGGGAUGCCAGGGUUCUGGUGGCGCUGGCGGUGGCGGGAGCAAGGGGCGAGACGCCAGUAGUUGCGUUGGCGGCGGCGAUGGUUGCGAGGCAGGGCUGCGAUCACGACUUGCGGCAGCAGAGGCGCGCGAGAAAUCUCGCGGCGGCGGCAGUUGCGGCCGAAUCAGAGGCCCUCUGCGCUCAGCUGGCGACGGAGCGGGAGGGAUUGCCCCGUGCGGCUCCGGCGGUCGAGGCGACGGCCGACGGAGUCCAGCAUUGCGUCGAGACCACGCCUCCCCCCACGCCUCCUACGCAGCAACGCGUGCCCUCGCCACCCAAGCGGCCGCCCUCGCCGCCGCCGCCGCAGCACGCUUCAUCGCCACCGUGGCAGCUUGAGCAUUCGCCGCCGUAUGAUAAUGCGACGGAGGCAAAGACAGCAAUAGCAGCGGCGGCGGCUGGGACAACGGCGCAGUUUCACGCGGCGGAGGAGAUUCAGCACGAGGCGGUGGCCCUUGCGGCCGGCGGGCCAUCGAUCGCCAGUGCCGCGACCGCCACUGUCGCCUGCGAUUUCGGGCACUUGGCAGGACGCUGCCACGGGGGAAGGGACACCGCGCACUCACCAGUCGCGAACAUGCUACUCCCUGGCUCCACGCUCCUCCUGGCGCCGCUCCUCGCGCCACCGCCGGCCCGGCACGCUCCGCCGGCGAUGGGCGGCUAUACGGGGCUGCCACGGAUGCCCGUCAAGGCUUGGCCGCUCACACGGCGAUGGAACCCGACCCUCGAGUACCGCGAGAACAUUGCGACGCUGUGGCGAGACCUCGAGACGCUCUAUGCCGUCGAGGGCUCAACGAGCAUCGCGGGUGGCGGCGUCGUCCGGCUCGACGCGAGCCGUUCUGUCAAGGGCGACAAGACCGGACUGAGCCGCGGGCUCAACCGCGCCGUCGACCUGCGUGCCGAGCUAGUGUAUGAGAUGGCGCGGCGCGAGCCGUCUCUGCUCAACCCGGCGGUGAGCAACCGGUUCGUCUUUGCCGAGUCCAAGCGCCUGCUCGCGCUCAAGCUUGGGUCUGAGGAGGAGGCAAUCGAGGCGUGCGGCAGCCACCUCACCCUGACCGAGGCAAUUUCGGCGCGCGUCCCACCCUUCUCCGCUUUCCAACAGGUGAUGCGGCACGACCCGUCCAUCCUGCAGGCGGGCGACGCCAUUGAGGGCUUGGGCGUCGCGCAGAUCCGUGGCCGUGCCUUCGCCGCGAGGCUACGGCGCGCCGGCCCGCCCGUGCUGGCUGCAGCGCUUCUCGCUGCCGCCGCCGCCGCGUAUCUCGGGCCCGAGGGCGUUGCAUUUAUGAUGAUUGCGGAUUGGUGA